AUGGCGCCCGUCGCAGCCUCAAAUCCUGCCAAUCGUGGCCGUGAUAACCUCGAGUCGACAUGGGCUUACUUAGAGGAGAACGUGGAGAAGGUCAUGACGAAGCUGAGAGAAGGAGUCGACAUGAAGACCUACAUGGGUGUCUACACUAGAGUCCACAACUUUUGCACCUCCCAGAAACCUACGACCACAUCGCCGGCAGGUGCUGCUCAUAGCGCCUCGCGUGGUGCUCAUUUACUGGGUCAAGAGAUUUACGACAAACUAGGUGAAUAUCUGUCCAAGCACUUGGCAGAGGUCAACGCCCGUGCGGAUACUCAUACUGACGAAGCGCUUUUGUCCUUUUACAUUCGAGAAUGGAAGAGAUAUACCGAUGCCGCAAAAUACAACAAUCACUUGUUUAAAUACCUGAACCGUCACUGGGUAAAACGAGAGAUGGACGAGGGCAAGAAGAACAUCUACGACAUUUAUACCCUGCAUCUGGUCAAAUGGAAAGACGACUUCUUCCAGAAGGUACAGGAGCGAGUCAUGCAGGCUGUGCUGAAACUGGUUGAAAAGCAGAGGAACGGAGAAACAAUUGAACAGCUACAGGUCAAGGCCAUCGUUGACUCUUUUGUAUCUUUAGGCCUCGACGAAAACGAUCCUACCAAGUCUACUCUCGAUGUCUACCGAAGAUACUUCGAAGCUCCUUUCCUCACAGCUACCAAAGAUUACUACCAGAGAGAAUCGAAACUCUUUGUUGCUGAGAACAGCGUGGUUGAGUACAUGAAGAAGGCAGAGGCUAGAUUGGACGAAGAGAAGGAGCGUGUCGGCCUCUAUCUACACCCCGAUAUUAUGAAGAAGUUGAUGGAUGCAUGCAAUGAGGCCCUUAUUACGGACCACUCUCUGCUGCUCCGCGACGAGUUCCAAGUUCUACUUGACAACGAGCGUGUCGAUGACUUAACACGUAUGUACAAAUUGCUCUCCAGAAUAAAGGAUGGUCUGGACCCGCUCCGAAACCGCUUCGAAGCUCAUGUACGAAAAGCUGGUCUGGCUUCUGUCGACAAGGUGGCCAGCAGUGGAGACAACUUUGAACCAAAAGUAUACAUCGACGCACUUCUCGAUAUCCACUCUAAGUACCAACAGCUCGUUACCGUCGCUUUUACUGGCGAGUCUGAAUUUGUCCGGUCUCUUGAUAAUGCCUGCAAAGAAUUUGUGAAUCGCAAUGAGGUUUGCAAAUCAAACUCCUCACGCUCACCCGAGUUACUCGCCAAGUACACCGACCAAUUGCUUAAGAAAGGCGCAAAGGCUGCUGACGAGUCCGAGCUGGAAGACCUGCUACUGCAGAUAAUGGUUGUAUUCAAGUACAUUGAGGACAAAGAUGUCUUCCAAAAGUUUUACUCACGAAUGCUGGCAAAACGUUUGGUCAACGUCAGCUCAGUCUCUGACGAUGCCGAAACCAGCAUGAUCAGCAAAUUGAAGGAGGCUUGUGGUUUCGAAUACACCAACAAGCUUCAACGUAUGUUCCAGGACAUUCAGGUAUCGAAGGAUCUUAAUUCAGCUUACAAGGAUUGGUAUGACAAAGUCAUGGAGGAUAGCUCAAAGAAGCGCACCAUUGACUCGACAUAUCAAAUCUUGGGUACCAGCUUCUGGCCUUUAAAUCCUCCCAACUCACCUUUCUCGCCACCAACCGAAGUCAAUGAAGCUAUUGAUGCUUUCAAGCGCUUCUACGACGGUAAACACACUGGCCGAAAACUGACAUGGUUGUGGCAAUUAUGCAAGGGAGAGGUUCGUGCCAAUUAUGUCAAGCAAGGGAAGGUACCAUAUACUUUCAUGGUAUCCACUUAUCAAAUGGCGGUAUUAUUGCUCUUCAAUGAGCAGGAAACGUUGGACUACGCUGAUAUCAAGGAAUAUACCCAACUUUCUGACGACAUCCUUGAUACAGCGGUUAUGGGUGUUUUCCAGAAGGCUAGAGUGGUCACUGCCACACCAGAAGGUGGUAAGCCAGAGGCUGGCACCAAGUACACCCUGAACCGAGGCUUCAAGAACAAGAAGUUGAAGGUCAACUUGAAUGUGCCUAUCAAAUCUGAACAAAAGACAGAAUCCGAUGAAACCCACAAGACCGUUGAGGAGGAUCGUAAGCUUCUUCUGCAAGCUGUCAUUGUACGUAUCAUGAAAGGCAGAAAGAAGUUGCGCCACGUGCAACUUGUCGAAGAGGUCAUUACCCAAGUCAAGAACAGAUUUCCACCCAAGGUGUCCGACAUCAAGAAGAACAUUGACAUCCUCAUGGAGAAGGACUACAUUGAGCGACUGGACAAUGACGAGUUGGCAUAUAUUGCAUAG